AUGGCUAGUGUAGUCUUCCACACCCUUAGUGGCACAGCCGUUGCCUUAGCGUCGGUUGAUGCGUCGCUCGAGGACAUUCAGCGGCUGGCCGCCCGCCUCAUUCCCAGCACACGGUUUUGGGUUGUCAUUCCGCCUCCUUCCAUCCGCGCCGCUCACAUGCACACGCACAUCCGCCUUCGCAACGGCGAUGCGUUUGGCUUUCUGCCUGACUCAACUCAACCCGGUUCUACACGGUUCCCUGCUCUGCACUACCCAUCCCUUGAUAGGGCGCGGCAGGUCGCCAGCUGGUCGUUGUCUUUCAGGUUCGACACAGGCGGCCCCGUCACCCUGUGGACAACCUCCAGCCGUUUUGGCCAGCUGGUGUAUGUACGCGACAAUGCGUAUUGGGAUCCUCUAGGCCCCACAUUUCGAAGCUUAGGUGGCGAGACCCUAACGGGCUCCUGGGUACCAGUCCUUACGGGUGACCUGUCGGACCUGCAUCUAAUGUCCCGCACCUCAAUUUCUGAAGCGCAUGUGCUCUUUCUCCUGCCGCCAGAGCAGACACCGGUGGGGGUCUUCCUAGCGGGCUGCAACACCCAUCGCAUCCCCUUCGGAUGGCAACUGUUACCUGCCAUUCGUUAUGUGCGUGCUGGUAGCACGUUGCGGGACGGGGACGUCUUGGUUAUUGCCCCGAAUGCUGAUCUUGUUUGGGACCCCUUCAGCACACAGCCUCCCAGUCUAGAUGAUGCUCAGCCGCAGCGGGCCCAGCACACCUGGCAUCAACCUCUGACCUCUGCCUCGCCUGGCUCCACGGUUCUGCUUGGCGCUCUCGCGGUUUCGGUUGGUCGCGCUCCCUGGUGGUUAGGGCUAGCCCUCGGGGUUGUGCUAGGGUCUAGCAUGGUGCCUUCUUACGAGCUCCUCGAUCCGCCCAUCCGAGUUGGGCUGUAUCCAUGGCGCGCACGUCCAGGUGAAGGCGACCUUCUUGAUCUUUCGGCCCGACCUGAAUUGGAUAUUGUUUUGCUUAGUCCUUUCACAGGGCCUCGGGAGGCGGGUCGUCUGUAUACCUCCAAUUCCGUUACUGAGCUUAACACAUUGAUGCAGGCCUGUGAGCCGGCCUGGGGUGCCGACGUUGCGCCCGUCUGGCCGACAGCCGCCCUUCCAGCCUUGUUGGUCGUGCCGCGUCCCCCUGAUCCCAGCCUCGUGUGCCUGGCGGUGUCCUCUUUGGAUCGGCAUUUCUCUGUCUUGAUCCCCUGCUCCUCCACUCUGUCAUGGUUGGGGGAGGCUCUCCGUUUUCUUCAGCCAUUACAGGCGCUCUCCCUGCGGGCGCCUAGUUCCUUGGCCGCGUCGACGCCUCAUGACGGCGUUAUCAGAUGGCGUUCGGGUGAUCUUGUUGUCGCCCUGCCUCCGGCAGCCUUCGAGCCUACUUACCAGCCCCCGUGCUUCCACACUGAUGCGCAGGUUCGGCAUUGUGCUGUCUGGGCAGUCGAUUUCUCGGUCUCUGUCCGGACCAAUUUUAUACUUUGGCGCCCCGGGGUCCGUGCAAUCCGGGGACAUGCACCCGAAGGGGCCCAGUGGCGGGCCCUCGACUUUACGUUUGCUGGGGACUUCUGCCAACACUAUCCUGGGCGCUGGGUGCCGGUACCAUGGAUUGCCCAAGACCAUGCCCAUUUAGUUGUGGUGUCCGAGGACCCGACAUAUGUCAAUGUUGUCAUUGAAGCUGACGGUAAGUGCUGGUGUGCCCCAGUAACUGCAGCGACGGACGCCUGGCAGUUAUGGAAUGAUGUUCCCUCCAUCUCCACUCAGCCACGAGUCCUGGGUCUUUCACACCAGGAACUGCGCCAAGGCACUGUCCUUCGCAAUGGUGACGUUGUGUCAGAAGCUCCCCAGGGCGCCCUACCUUCAGGCGGCGUUCAGGCUCUCCUCGCUUUCUUUCUCUCUGUCCGCUUUCUACCAACUUUCCCGAGCUCCUUGGUUCUGAUUGCUGGCUUGUUUUUCGGCUGGCAUAAUGAGGCCGCCGGUGCACGUCACCUUACCCUCGCGGUUGGCCUCGCUGCCACCGGGCAGGGUCAUGUUGAGGCAGUUAGGAUGUCUGACACACCCUAUCCUGCAGGGGAAUGUCACCGCCUCUGGGAGCCCUCCGGCUCUGUGUCAGGGCCGUUCUUUGGCCCCGUGGAUCGUCCGCCUGAGGAGUUGCGUCAUGCCGCUGUUGCGUGGUCUGAUUUUACUCAAGUCCGGCCACCGCAAGAUCCUCGCAUAGUGGAUUGGGUGCCCGUCCCUUCGGAUCCUCUCUUCGUUGUGGUCCUGCUCCAGUGCCCGCCUGCGACUCGAGCCGCCAUCCUGCCAGCCACGUGUCACGCUGCCGACCUUACUCGAGCGUGUCGACGGUCGGUCCCUGAUUUAGCUUGUGUUUUAGCCUCGCCGGAAAUCUGGUGUGGCACUGCCACUUCCUAUACCCCAACUCUUUUCCUUCGGUCUGGGGACGUGCUGACCCUGGCAUGUGCCGGCUGGGCUCCACGCUUGCGCUCUCCCAGCGGCCGCUAUUGGGAUACCUUCUAUCAGGCCCGUAAAUUUGCCUUUUGGGGUAGCCCCUUUCAGAUCCGCCUGCCAGGCCUCUUGUUUGCGUGGUCGGCCGGUGAUCCUGUUCCCUUGACGGUUCAUACCGUUCAAAAUGAAGUGUGGGACCCGGAACACUGCACAUUCCGACCCUCUUUGGCCCGGUACAGUGUUGCCCGUUGGAUCCCGGCUGCCCGUUGUGAUCUGCUUGGCCUCCACCUUGUCCCGGAGAGCCUUAACCCGCACCGUGCACAUGUUUUGCCCACGCAACCACCUCUUCGGUUGCUGGAGGUCUCCCGUUACAGCACACAAGGUCUGAUUAGGGAUGGCGAUAGCGGCUCUUUUGGUAGCAGAGCUCCCUCCCCGCGUCUUCUGUUGUGCCUUGCUGGCCUUCUGCUGACGCGGAAUGCCUUGUCGCUCUGGGCUAGUGGCGGGGCUCUCCUUCUUGCAGGGGCAUCCUUUGGGGCUUUCCCCUUCAGUGACACCCUUGUCUUAUCGAGUGUUGCUCAUGGUGCGAUGUCGUGGCCCGCUCUGCUCUUUGACAUCUAUGGGCGAGCUUGGGGGGCCCCUUCCGAAGCCCCUCGUGUAGCGGAUGCAGCCGCGAAGACCGUACCUGAUCGGAGAUUAGAUCUCAAUGAGGCGGGUCAUCAUUAUGCCGGCCUGGCCGCUCAUUACUUGGCUAGGCACUUGCUGGUGAGUAUGCCUCCCACGCUCCCUCCCUGUUAUCACUCGGGCUGGCUCCGUUUUUCGGCUUGGCCCGGCGGAGUGCCUGAUGAGCUGUUUAUCGCCACUGACGGCAGCGGCUUGCAAGCGGGAGGGUGGGCCUUCGCGGUGUGGGCCCUCUGGAAAAAGACAUGGUUUCGUGUGGGGUGGGACGCUGGUAGCCUGCCUGCUACCCCAUGGCUCCCUACUCCCACUGCCACUGCCACGGACCUCCGGUCGUACCUGGGAGAGCUUAGCGCCCUUGUUUCUGCUGCGGCCUGGUUCACUGCCUGGUGGGAUCACUUGAAGCUACACACUGGCCAUGCAAUCCAAUCUCGUUGCACCACCCAUUUCCGUCAUGUGCCCGGACAUGCCGGUGCCCUGGUUAAUGAGAUUGUUGAUGCCCUUGCCGGUUAUGGACGUUGGUCCUCACAUGGUUUUCUCAGCUUCCGCUCCGGCGCAGAAAAGGGUAUGUUCGGCGUUGAGAUCUGGGUUAGACCUGAUGUUGUGUCACCCAAGCUUGAUCUCGAUGACUUUCGCAUCCGGUUUGCCAGCCCGCGGCUGCUGUUAGUACAAUGCCAACGUUCGGACUUUCCGGUGACCCUGGUCGCGGCUCAUGCACCGCACGCUGAACGCCCGGAACAUGAAAUUCGGCGCUUCUGGCAAGACCUGCGGGUCCAGCUUCUGCCAGCAUGUAAUCGGGGAGUCGUCCUGGCAGGCAUCGAUGCAAAUGCUGAUUUUGUGGGACGUGAUGAAGAAGAGGUUCUGGUCGGUGACUUACUGUCCCUCCGACCGGCUCGCUUGGCCGAUGACUUGCUUCUUGCCUGCCUGCAUGACACCUCUCUUGCUGCCCCUGGUACUUGGGCUGAAACCCACUCCGGCCCUUCAUGGACCUGGCAGCAUACCGGCGGUAAGGUCCAACGGCUUGACCACCUGCUUGUCACUGGUGGUGUCGUUGUUCGUGGCCAUCGCCAAUUCCCUGAACUUGACAUCCUGAACGGGGAGGCGCGAGAUCACAUGCCCAUUACGGAUCUGGCUCCACUAAAGUCCGUCAGUUAUGCACUGCGCACGCUGCAGCUGUCCGACUGCUACCGGCGAGACCUCCGUUGUGCCGGCGCCAACCCUACCUCUCAGAUACGGCUGCUGGUCUCCUUGACACCCUUCGUGAUGCCAGAGCUGAGCUACGUCGUCUCGCUUCUCUUCAGCGACAGCAGCUCUGUGCACUUGCCUUUCAUGCUUGGCACGGUCGGCCACCACCAGCUCCUGCUCGGCGCUGGGAACGCUCAUGCCCAGGCCCGGAUUGACAAACAGGCCUAUUUUGAAUCCCUGCUAGUCGGAGCUAUCGAUCACUGGCAUGCCACGGGUCGCCCUCUUGAGGCUGUCUCCAAGCUUUCAUGGGCGUCCAAAGGAGCUAAGCAGAAGCGCGAUGUGCGGGCCGCCAGUGGCUUCAAUAUCGAUGCUGAACUGCAGUUACAGUUCCAACAACAAGAAGGAGGACGCCCCGUGUCGAGCGCGCAACUCAACAGCGCUUUUGCCAAAUGGGCUGACACUGCCCGCCCAGUUUGCCCGGCAGCGGUCCCUUCCCUUCUGGACGUUGAACACAUGUCUGGAAAGCUUGCCCCGACAAAGCUGGACGAUGGUUAUGGCCGAUUUGGCUUCACCUCGCUUGGGGAGAGGCUGAGCCCCUUCAUUUCAAAGCCUCCAUUGUUGGAGCCCUUCAUAAGAAAGGCCCGGCCCACCUGCCCUCCAAUUUCAGAUCUAUUGCCAUGCUUAAUGGUGUUGCGAAACUUUGGCACUCUCAGUUGCGAGCUACGCUCGGUCAGGAAAUCAUUGCUCAUUACUUCCCCACACAGCUCGGCGGGCGGCGUGGGGUCGAUACUGGACUUGCGCUGGGCGUCUUUCGCUCGGCGGUUGACCUCGCCACUGUACGCCACCGAUCAUGGGCUGCCUUGUUUGUUGAUAUCCAAGCAGCUUACUAUGAGGCUGACGUAUAUUCUGCUCUUUGAGGGGCGUGACCUCGAUGAAGCGUUGCAAGGGCUGCGCCUGCCGGAACACGUCCACGGACUCAUCCGAGAUGGGGUCCUCUCUGGUUUAGGUGUUCCGCCUGACCAGAUCGCCCUGCUCAGGGAUUGCGUUGAAUGCUCCUUCUGGAGGUUGGUCGGUCAGCCUCAGGCUAUUCUUGCCAGCCGUGGAUCUCGGCCGGGUGACGGUUUGGCCGAUGUUCUCUUUGGCGCGCUCUUUGCAGUCAUCCUUCAAUGCCUUCACCACGCACUCCGCGCUGAAGAUAUUGUGCAUGCAUCCACCUCAGAUGCGUUGGGGAACCCUGACACCGCGCUUCAAAUUGCUUGGGCAGAUGACCUUUGCCUGCUUGUCGAUUUCCUGCGGGCUACCUGGGCCGUCUCUAAACUCCAGCGUUUGUGCUCGAUUGUCUUGCAAGUCUUCGAGGCUUUUCGCUUUCGGGUGAACCUGGGAGCCGGUAAGACUGAGGCCCUAGUCCACCUCCAAGGACCGGGGGCUAAUGAGGCCAGGAAGGAACUCCUGUCGCCCGUUCCUCAGCUCCACCUCACUGAUGGGCGGUGCAUUCGGGUUGUACCCGAGUAUAAGUACCUCGGGGUUGCGCAACGUUGCCGGGAUACCGGCCGCCGUGACAUCGAAGCCGCAGCAUCCCGAGGCAACGCCAUUUGGACCCAGGCUGCUGGCCUCGUGCAUUCUGACCAUCUACCUUGGGUCCUGAAACUUGUGUGGCUCCAGGGGCGUACACUCCCCGCGGCCUACUCCUCCCUUGCCACUACGCUUGCGCAUUCUGAGCGAGCGUGGGGGCCUCUUCAAGGUUUCCUUGAUAAGUGCCUGCGCCAACUUGUCGGAGCCUGGGAUGCCGGCCACCAUGUUGCCUCCGCUCAACUGCGGGCGUGUACGGGAGUGCUUGAUGUCGAGUGUGCCACUCUCAUUGCUAGAGUCCGUCUUCUCUGUCGCAUUGUGUCAGGCCGUUCGGCUGAGGUUUUUGACCUCUUUCAAGCCAGUUGGGAUCGCGGUGGAGAGUGGUCCUCACUCCUUGCUGACGCCGUCCGCAAGGUCUGGCCUGCUUGUGGCCUUCCAGACCUACGCACUGGGGAGCCUACCUUGGAAGGGAUCCGCCGGCAUUCCAAAGCCAUUUUGGCUGCAUGUCGCAAGAUCAGCCGUUCUGGGACGAUGCUCCUCGCGCUCCACCGCGCUUGGAAUAGCCGUCAGCCUCCUUCUCCUAAGAAGAUCAUUGGGGUUGCGGCCCCACAUGUUUGCCCCGAAUGUGGGGUGACCCUGCCUUCGGCCCAUGCUCUUGCUGCGCACCUUCACCGUCUGCACGGGCGUGUCGCACUCUGUACCCAGUAUACACUUGGCACCGUGUGCCUCUGGUGCCUCAUUGAAUUUCAUAACGCCGCGCGCCUCCGCUAUCACCUGCUCAACUCGCCUGCGUGUGAGCAUGGCUUACGCUGUUGUGUUGGGCCCGUCUAUGUGUAUGGGUCCGGCACCAAGCGUCGCGGCCAGCAAGGGCAUGCUCGGGCGCCGGUUUUUCGUCUUACUGGGCCAUGUAAUGCCACUCCAGCCCAGCGACGGGCUGCUGAAGAAGACCGAAACUGCACUGCAGAGGAGCUUGCUGCUGAGCUCCAUGCCUUGGCGCCUGGCCCUGGAUUUGCUGAAGGCGCAAGGUCUUCACCUGUUGUCCCUUUCCGACGGGCUACCGAUCCGGCUGAGGGAACCCCUGUCCCUCCUACCGGUUGUGCACCAGUCGCUGUUGGCCUCGCUGCAGUUGCACAUGCUGCCGUCGAUGGUGUGAACCCCCCUAAUGAGGCAUCUUCGCCUCUCUCGCCUUUCUCCCCGCAUCCUCCCCCUCUUGCGGUGCCGGCUCAGGUUUCGGCCUGUCUACUCUCGGCCUUUUUCUUCGAUGAGUUUCCUGACGACUGCGACCUUCGAGUCCCGUCCUGUCGCUGGUCUGGACUUGCGCCAGGUCUCUGGUGUCUUCCUUGCAGUUGGAAUUGGUGUUGGCGCCUCUUUUGCGCUUUCGACAUGCGUCACCCUUGGUCUGGUGAUGUGUGGCGCCUGUCGGCCUUUCUUCGUCGUGAGGAGCGCCCCUCUGCCCUUCCACGGCUACGUGGCCCUUCUGGAUUUGGCCAAGCUGCAGCAAGUCGCAUCCUUUUUCUGCGUCGGAUGUUGACUUUCCUUCAUCUCAUUCGCCAGCUUCAGCUCGGCGCUGUCCUUUGGAGCGCUCAGCCCCUCCCCGGUGCCUUUUGGGAGUUGCUGGGCCGUGUUGCCCCUGCUGCGGUCGGCGCUUCGGCGGUCUCCGUGCUCGGCUUUGGUUCGGUCGUCAGCUUGCCGGGGGUCGUCCCCUCGGCGCUUGCUGCCCUCUCUGCCGGCUGCCUCGCUUCCGCUCUGCCGCGUCGCCUCGCCUUUCCACAUCAGCUCCUUUCGGCGAGCUGA